AUGGCAGCUAAAGAAAAGUCACUCGCCGUUUCUUACGGCUCUAAUUUUAGAAGGGAUCAAGAUACGAUCCAAGCCUCUUCGUCGAUUGAGUCUCCAAAAGCGUCAGAAGACUUUGAGCGUGGCUUUCGCUUCUGGGCUAUCAUCGUUGGGCUUGCCACCUCAUCACUCCUAGCAUCGCUAGAGCACACGGUCUUAACAACCGCAGCACCGCAUAUUCUUCAAGACCUCGACCUCGAGGAAAAUUUUAUUUGGGUCACGAACGCCUUUUUUGUUUCCAGUACGGCAUUAACCCCCUUGUUUGGACAACUAUGCAACAUUUUCGGGCGCAGAUGGGUCUUCCUUCCAAUAAUCGCUCUCUUUACAUUGGGCAGUGGUAUAUGUGGUGGCGCGACGAACGGCGGUAUGCUAAUCGCAGGUCGCGCGAUCCAGGGUGCAGGGUCUGGUGGCAUAGUUAUCACAUCUAAUAUAAUCAUAUCGGACUUGUGCCCCUUACGAAAACGAGGUCAAUACAUGGCUGUCAUUCUCUCUAUCUUUGGCAUCGGUGCAGCUCUGGGUCCCUUCAUUGGAGGUGCCAUCGCACAGUCGACCACAUGGCGCUGGGUCUUCUAUAUUAACCUUCCCAUUGGUGGACUUUGCCUUCUUAUCAUGUUUCUAUUCCUACACACUGAGUAUCGAGAUGAUAGAUCUUUCUUCAGCAAAAUCAAACGAAUUGAUUUUGCUGGAAACGGGAUUCUCAUGGCUGGCACUGUAGCCAUUCUCUACUCACUUACCUACGCUGGGACGAUCUAUCCAUGGUCAUCUUGGCAUACCCUAGUCCCGUUGCUUUUAGGGUUGCUAAUUCUUGUGCUCUUUAUAGCCAUCGAGGCCAGUGGUAUUAUUCCGGAACCAGUGAUGCCCGUCCGGCUUUUGAUGCAUCGCACAUCCAUCAUUGUCCUCAUCAAUACCUUUCUCAAUUCCGUUGUUUACUUUUGGUACUUGUAUUACCUUCCUGUGUACUUCCAGGCUGUUUCACUGUAUUCCUCCAUGCGUGCAGGAUAUUCUUUGCUCCCACAGGCCGUGGCCGGUGUUCCUGGCGCCAUGAUCGCAGCCAUUUCACUAAGCCGCUGGGGAAAAUUCAAACUGAUCCAUUUCUUGGGCUUUGCAUUGACCACCCUCGGUAUGGGUCUAUUUUCGAUACUAGGAAAACACACUGUCAUUGCUGAAUGGGCUGUCUUCCAAAUCAUAACAGCACUGGGUAUCGGUAUUGUCAUCGACACCCUUCUGCCUGCCUUUCAGGCACCGGCUUCUGAGGCAGACCAGGCUACUGCAACUGCAACCUGGGGCUUCUUUCGUGCGUUUGGAUGCAUAUGGGGUGUUGCAAUCCCCAGCGUCAUCUUCAACAAUCGCAUCGAUCAGAAUCUUUACACAGUAUCAGAUAGCACUGCUCGCCAGUUACUCGGCGGUGGCGGUGCCUAUCAGCAAGCAUCGGCAGCUUUCGUACAGAAGUUCCCUCUCAACGUCCAAGAAGAAAUACGCUCUCUGUAUAUAUCUGCGCUAGAUCGCAUAUUUUGGAUUGGCGCGAUUUUUGCUGGGUUGGCAUGUUUGCUCGUUCUCCUCGAACGCGAGGUUCCCCUAAGAAAGCAGCUUGAUACCGAAUAUGGACUCAAAAAGGAAAAGCUUUCGCAAGCAGACACGGAAAAAAACGACAGUUCCACAAGCUGA